AUGAAACCUCCAGCAAACUGGAUAAAAGUGAACAUAGAUGGGAGUAGUUUUAAUGAUGGAAGAACAGGAGCAGGGGGCAUAGUAAGAGAUCACGAAGCUAAGUUAGUGAUGGCUUUCUCACAACAACUUGACAUUGAAACAAAUAAUUAUUCCGAGGCAAAGGCAGCUUGGUUUGAAGUUCAUUGGUGUUUGAGUAAUGGAUAUUUCAAUAUCAUUCUUGAAUGUGACUCCAUGCUAAUCAUUCACAUGUUGCAAGGAAAAACAAAUAUACCAUGGCAUCUACAACCGAUUGUCAAACAAGUAAAGAAGAUGGUUGAACAAGGUAACAACAAUAUUAAAUUCAGUCAUUGUUUUAGGGAAGGGAAUCAAGUGGCUGAUGUGAUGGCAAAAUUGGGAGCAAAUGGAUACGACAUGGUGAUUUCUGACCCUGGAGAUUUACCUAGGCAGGCUUUGUGA